GUGGGUGCUCAAAAACUAUUUAUUAGGCCAGCGGGAGCCCCGGAGGUCGGCGGUGCAGCCGAGGGGCCAGCACAGACCGCGGGCGGCCAGGGCGUUGGUCCUGGGCCGCGCCUUUCUCCCUGCUCGACCUCUCCGGAGCCGGGGGCGGGCCGCGCGAAGGUGACUUAGGGAGACCUUGCGGUGUCGCCCUGGAUUGCGCCUCCCGGCUGGGCUGAAAAAUAGGCGGAAGAACAGUCCGAGCGCAUUCGUGCGGGAGCCUCGAGCAGCCCGGGGCAGAGCGAGCAGCACCAGGCGGAGUGCGCCACCAGGCAGCGCCCCGGCCCCAGCCCAGGGGAGGAAUUUGAAAUUGGAACAGGAACAAGAAAAAAAAAAACCAAAAUUUUAUCACAAGCGCUGGCGACUCUAGCCACUGAACAUCACGAAUUAGAGCAGUCUCUGGUCAAAGGCUCCCCGCCUCUGAGAAUCUUUAGUGAGGGUGAGUUCUGUCCCUGAGCAGACUGGAAGCAGUGACUGACCACGCACUCCUUGGAAGAGGAAGCAGAGCACCCGAGCAGUAGACAGCACAGAAUGUCGGAAGGCAAGGACUCUGGUGGUGGAGACGCAUUCUCCAAAGGCAUCAAAAAACACAGAACAAGCCUGCCCUCCCCUAUGUUUUCCAGAAAUGACUUCAGUAUCUGGAGCAGCCUCAGAAAAUGUAUCCGAAUGGAACUCUCCAAGAUCACCAUGCCAGUUAUAUUUAAUGAGCCUUUGAGCUUCCUCCAGCGACUCACUGAUUUUAUGGAGCUUGAGUACCUCAUCCACAAGGCCAGUUCGUUUGCAGAUCCUGUGGAAAGGAUGCAUUGGGGAGCUACCUUUGCUGUCUCUGCUGUUGCUUCUCAGUGGGAACGCAUUGGAAAGCCUUUCAACCCACUUCUGGGAGAGACUUAUGAAUUAGUUCGAGAUGACCUUGGUUUCAGACUCAUCUCUGAGCAGGUCAGCCAUCACCCACCCAUUAGUGCAUUUCAUGCUGAAGGAUUAAACAAUGAUUUCAUCUUUCAUGGCUCAAUCUAUCCCAAACUGAAGUUCUGGGGGAAAAGCAUAGAAGCAGAACCCAAAGGAAACAUAACACUGGAGCUUCUUGAACACAAUGAAGCAUAUACGCGGACAAAUCCUACCUGCUGUGUGCAAAACAUCAUUGUGGGAAAGCUCUGGAUCGAGCAGUAUGGGAAUGUGGAGAUCACAAACCACAAGACUGGGGACAAAUGCAUGUUGAAUUUUAAGCCAUGUGGCCUUUUUGGUAAAGAAUUACACAUAGUUGAAAGCUACAUUCAAGAUAAAAGCAAAAAGAAGCUCUGUGCUCUCUACGGGAAGUGGACAGAAUGUUUAUACAGUGUUGACCUGGCCACAUUUGAUGCUUAGCAAAAAAAUGAUAAGAAAAAUACUGAAGAGAAGAAGAACAGCAAACAGGUGAGUGCUUCUGAGGAGUCGGAUGAAAUGCCAGUGCCAGAAUUCCAGAGCGUGUUUGUCAUCCCUGGGAGCGUUCUCCUGUGGCAAAUAGCCCCGCAGCCUCCGAAUUCAGCCCAGAUGUAUAAUUUUACUAGCUCUGCACUGGUUUUGAAUGAAGUAGACAAGGAGAUGGAGAGCAUGCUUCCUAAGACAGACUGCAGGCUGCGACCUGACAUCAGAGCCAUGGAGAACAGGGAAAUGGAUCAAGCCAGUGAAGAAAAAAAGCGACUGGAGGAGAAACAAAAAGUGGCACGCAAGAACAGGUCCAAGUCAGAGGACUGGAAGACGAGGUGGUUCCAUCAAGGCCCUAAUCCCUACAGCGGAGCCCAGGACUGGCUUUAUUCUGGAAGCUACUGUGACAGAAACUACUUCAAUUUGCCUGACAUUUACUAAAAUGUAGACAAAUUGGGGUGUUUUGGCUCAUCCACAGAUAAGUCUUAAAUCUAUAUUUUAAAAUUUUCUUCCUUAGUUUCUCCUUAUCUUUUUUCAAAGGGAAAAACCAUCUCAUGAUAACUUGCACUUCACCCAAAAAUAGUGGGGCAUAGGGUGAUACUGGUGAGGAAAGUCUUAGGUAAAAUGGGUAAUUCUGCUAUCCACUCAUGCUUCUUUGGAAUACUAUUUUAUACAGAGGUAUGGGAAACUGCUGGCAAAUAUGCUUUUGAUGUUUGCUGUUGCCAUAUUUACUGAAAGUUUA